UCACGAAGCCCCACGUUGCCACGACCUUUUUCACGCUGCUGCUGCUUCCGUAUCCCACUGCGCCCUCGCUUCUUGAUCAUCGGGAUUUCCAAUGGAGUCCCUUUCGCUCAGGAACGAGCAAUUCGGCAAGGGAUUGAUUUCCAAGUUCGAUGACCACGCCUCCGGUCGCUGGUCACCCCGCCUUCCCACCCCCGAGACGUCUCGAAGCAGCUUCGAAUCCCGUGAGCCCUCCGUCAACUCGGCAACGCGAGAAGCCUUCAUGCGGUCGCGAUCAGAGAUGAUGGGCCCGCACAUCGACACCUCCUUUGCAAAAGCGAGGAUGGACUGCGGAAGCCGGGAUGCACACGCACCGCACUCACCGCCUUGGGAUCCUUCCGACGCCGACAGACCAUCACUGCCACCUUUGAAAGCGGUAUGUCCUCUACCCACCUCGAUGCACCUUGCGAACGUGACUGCUAACUGGUGUAGCUGCUCGAAAACACCAUGGCUAGCCCGCCUCGCACUCCCAAAGUCCUGCCAGCCCCUCACCACUUGAGGCCGUUUGAGCCCAGCUACAACACCGACGUCUACAAGCCCGUCUCCCUCUAUCCAAACAAGAAGACAAAGGUCGAGGACACGCACCACCAAGCUCCCGUCCAUGCUUCGGCCGCCCACGCAUCUCACCCUUCCAUGAUCAGUCCUCAGAAGCCAUUCGGCGCCAGUGAAAGACGGCCCAACUACCACGACGGCGUUGCUCGUCAUCCAUACGAUGAGUCGCCGAUCCGCCCGGCGCACAACAAUGGCAAUGCUCCUACGAGCUUACCCCCAAUGUAUGAUAGACCACAUUCCGCUGGAGUGAAGCGUAGCUGGAGUGGUGGCGUGGCAUCUCCACCAUAUGACGCCCGCACUUCGCACUAUCGAGGGGAGGACCUGCGCUACUCGCAAUAUCCCGAUGCACAAUACGUGCAGAUGCGCUCGCCCGGACAGGAUCGCAUGUAUCUCACGCCAACGCCCGAUGGCUACAGCCGAGUCGAAGGGGCGGCACAUUACGGACGCGCCGAGCAUGGCCCUACACACGGCCACCCACCCCCUCACUCCGAGUAUCGCUUCUACGACGAUCAGGCCUACGAGGGCUACCCGUCGACGCGUUACGAGUACUACUACCCCAAGGCGCGGAAGCGAAGCAACCUGCCCAAGCACUCGACGGAGAUCAUGCGGGCUUGGUUUGACCAGAACAUCGGCAACCCGUACCCGAGCGAGGACCAAAAGGCAAUCUUUGCCAACGCUACCGGCAUAAGCUUGACGCAAGUCAGCAACUGGUUCAUCAACCAUCGCCGACGAUGUCCGGAGUUACGAGACAGACGCGCGGAACGAAGGAAGGUUUAAGCAGGCAAUGUGUGUGGGUUUCCUCUUUUCACGAGCGAUGGACCCCUUUGGUUUCAAUGGACACGAUGCCUAUGGAAACGAAUUGAAUAAUGAAUGGCAAACAUAUAUAGCCAGACGUAUGGAGCACGACUCUCUUCUUUCA